GAGUGAUGAUAGGGGAAUCACCACAAAAGUCAACAGGGAUGUGGACCAUGACGCCAGCCAUCCCAUGAUGGGACAGCAGAAAAGACCCCCCUCAGGGAGUAAUGGCGAACGCGACACGCCACAACGCCCUCCGCGCGCAGGCCGCACCCAGUCCGAGUGAGCGGGCAUUAAUGUCGACUCGACGCCUCCAACGUCACCCCCUCAGCCAGCGACUCCCUCAUCCACACCCAGCGCGUUCACCCAAACGCAGAGGGCGACGAUCGAUGCCCCCCAUGCCCUGCGACCGGAUGAUCCACACGCCACCCUAAUGGCAACAUCAAAUCUAGUCAGAGGCACGACCCCGCUCUGACAAGCAGGAACAUCAGGUAACAUCAGACCAAAACUAUAAAAGAGUCCAGGGCCCAAAAGGAUGGGAGGAGGAAAAAACCCCCUUCUCGCCCACUAACAAGACCGUCGGAGGGGUCGGGCCCAGAGGACGGCCCGACCUUUGUGCAGGUACACGGCGACCACGUUACCAAGGGACUGCAACUGGCUACCUCGGAGGAUCACCCGCGGAUCGGCCGGCUGUGAUCACUCACCCCGAAGACACCAGGAGGCUCUACCCGCGAUCUUCGGCAUCCGGACCCCUGAACUAAGCCGUAACGUCCCGAGGUCACGGCUUAAACAGGUGCAGACCGCAUCAGAUUGGCGCUAGAAGGAGGGCCCGAAUGCCGAACGAUCCUCACGCCGACCCCCUCGAACCCGUCGCCCACGGAGAGGGAGAAAUGCCGACAUCAACGCCAGAUCGUUACUGGCGCCUGUUCAACGACUUAGGGAUCCCACCCCCAUUAUCCACGGUCGACCCCCCAACCGUACUGCCCGAGGCGUUCCUCGCCCUAGUUAAGCAAGUGCAGGGAAUGACAGAGAUAAUGCAGACCGUUGUCCCACUUAUCCCCGAAAUCAGGCGACUAACGGACGCCUCCGCCGACCCAGCUCAUCUGAGGCGGGGCACGGGACUGGAUGCAACCGGUGAGACCCGGGACAGGGCCAUCCACCACGAAGGUUCGCCCACACGCGUCUCUCCUGCACCCUCCCGAGCCGCACGGCGUCGCCCCGAGCCUGACACCAUAUCGUCCGACUCGGCGGACAGCUUCCUUAAGGUACAAUUCUCCCAGGUCAAUCGCCGCCUGGACGAGUUCCGACGCGAGCUCCAAAGGACGCGGGAUGAAUCAAGCGAGGGCACCUCGGGGGGAUCCCCUUUCGUUCAGGAAAUACAAGAAAAACCCGUCCCCCUCAACUUUAGGGUGCCAGCCCUCGAAACGUACGACGGCGGCUCCGACCCAGCAGAGCAUGUCGUCGCGUUCAGAACUCAGAUGGCCCUUUACGGCACGUCCGACGCGCUAAUGUGCCGUACGUUUCCGACCACCUUCAGAGGACCAGCACGCGCAUGGUUCAGCCGGCUGCGACAAUCCUCGAUCGUAUCUUUUGACCAGUUCGCCAAAGAGUUCGAACAAAACUUCCUUACCAACGCGCGGCCUCGUCCUUCCAUAGCCGCUCUGCUGGCACUGUCGCAGCAUGAAGAAGAAACGCUCGCGCAGUUCGUGACACGCUUUGCCGCGGAGAUCCGCGGCUAUUCGAACACUCACCCCUCUUUGAUCAUGCAGGCGUUUCUAACGGGGCUGAAACCUUCGAGGUUCUUCUGGUCACUAAUCGAGAAGCCGCCCGCCACUGUCCCGGAGAUGCUCCACCGAGCCAGCCAAUACGUCGCCGGCGAAGCAUUAGCGGCUGGAAGACGCCCGGUCGGGAAGAAAUCCCGAACCGAACAACCCCGAACCACCACCUUGUCGGCCGACCCGCGACCCCAUCGGAGGCUCGACCACCCCGAGCAGCGCCUCCUGAGGCCUCCGCCCCUCCCACUCAACACGCCUCGUACCGAGAUCUUCCUCCAGAUCAGGGAGAAAGGUCUUCUGCGGCCCCCUAAUCCCAUGAGAGCUACUUACAAAAAUCGGUCGAAAUACUGCAGGUUCCACCGAGACCAUGGCCAUGACACCGAGGACUGUCACGACCUCCAGAACCAAAUCGAGGAGCUGAUCAGAAGAGGGUACCUCGGCCGCUAUCUCAAGGAACCCCGAGAAGCAACCCCGCGUCCCCGGAUGCCCGUGGAAAGGCAGGUCGAUGUCAUCAUCGGUGGACCAGCGGCAGGCGGCAGCAGCUCAAGCGCAAGGAAAUCCUACGCCCGGAGCUCGGUCGAGAAGCGCCCCCGACCCGAACUAGAACCCGAAAUCUCUUUUGGGGCCGAGGAGGGGGAAGGGUCCCAUCAUGACGACGCUCUGGUAAUUUCUAUCCAGAUCGCCAACGCUCGGGUGAAGCGGGUGAUGGUCGACACUGGAAGCUCCGCCGACAUCUUGUACCUCGACGCCUUCAAAAGGCUCGGCCUACUCACUGAAGACCUCAUCCCCAUGAGCUCGGCGCUCACGGGAUUCACCGGAGACUCAAUCUCCCCGCUCGGCACCACCACACUCCCUGUCUCCAUUGGGGAGGAGCCAAGAACCAAGACAAUAAUGACUACGUUCAUGGUGGCCAACCUGCCCUCAGCCUACAACGUCAUCCUCGGGCGCCCGACGCUCAACAAGCUAAAAGCAGUAGUCUCAACCUACCACCGAGCCGUCAAGUUUCCCACCUCGGCAGGAGUUGGAGAAUCGCGAAGCGACCCAGGCGAGUCAAGAAGGUGCUACCUCACCGCGGUCUCACUCCCGAAAAGGGCGUGCCCCCAUAUCCCAGACCCACGAGAAGAGGCCCCCAUGUCAACACACCUUGAACCGCCUGAACGGCUUACCGAGGUACCGAUAAAGGGAGAUCGGCCCGGUCAGACCGUGAAAAUCAGCACAGCUCAGCCCGAAGAAAACCAGCUCCAGCUCAUCGAGUUCCUAAAAGCAAACGCCGAUGUAUUCGCGUGGUCGCCCAAGGAAAUGCCAGGGAUCGAUCGGACGGUAGCCGAACACCAGCUUAACAUCAAUCCCGAAGCCAGGCCAGUAAAGCAAAGACCACGCAGGUUCGCCCUCGACCGGCAGAAGGCGAUCAGCGAAGAGGUCGACCGGUUGACAGAGGCCGGAUUCAUUUCCGAAGUAAAGUACCCCCAGUGGCUGUCAAAUGUAGUCCUCGUUAAAAAACCUAAUGGAAGCUGGCGGAUGUGCGUUGACUACACCAAUCUCAACCGGGCGUGCCCCAAGGACUACUACCCACUCCCGAGAAUAGAUCAGCUAGUCGACGCCACCUCGGGCUACGAACUCCUUACCUUCUUGGACGCAUACUCGGGCUACAACCAAAUCCGCAUGGCGCCAGCGGACCAAGAGAAUACCGCCUUCAUCACCGACAGAGGAAUAUAUUGCUACAAGGUGAUGCCGUUCGGCUUAAAGAACGCUGGGGCAACCUACCAGAGGACCGUCGACAAGCUGUUCAGACGCCAGAUUGGCAGGAACAUGGAAAUAUAUGUGGACGACAUGAUCGUGAAAAGCAAAACUGCGGAGGCGCACCUGGCCGACUUGUCGGAAACUUUUUAGACCCUCAGGCGAUUCCAUAUGCGUUUGAACCCCGCAAAGUGCGUCUUCGGGGUUAGCUCGGGAAAAUUCCUCGGCUUCAUCAUCCACCAGAGGGGAAUAGACGCCAACCCGGAAAAGGUACGGGCCAUAACCCAGAUGCACUCACCCCGCUCCGUCAAAGAAGUACAGUCUCUCACGGGGAAACUGGCGGCGCUCAGUAGAUUCAUACCAAGGUCGGGCGACCGAUGCCUGCCUUUCUUCCAGGCUCUGCAACAAGUCAACAACUUCACCUAGACACCCGAGUGUGAGGAAGCUUUUGAAGACCUGAAGGCGCACCUUACCCGCCUACCCCGACUCGCUUCCCCUAAGCCAGGAGAAACCCUAGGCCUUUACUUGGCGGCGUCGGCACGGGCAGUUAGCUCGGUGCUGGUCCGAGAAGCACCGCCAAACCAGCAGCCCAUCUAUUACGUAAGCCACGUCCUUGCCGGGGCCGAGGCGCGGUACCCCCCCAUCGAAAGGCUGGCUCUGGCGUUGGUGACGACAGCGCGAAAGCUACGCCCAUACUUCCAGUCCCACAUAAUCAAAGUCAUCACCGACCAACCGCUGCAGAAAAUCCUAUCCAAGUUCGACGUGUCAGGACGAAUGUUACGGUGGUCGGUCGAGCUCAACGAGUUCGACAUCCAAUACUUGCCUCGGAACGCCAUAAAAGCCCAGGUAUUGGCCGAUUUCAUCUCUGAACUAACGCUCGAGGAUUGUACAGAGGGACGGAAGGACCCCGGGUGGACCCUGCAUGUCGACAGCUGUAAUAUCCCUCGUUUUUAAAAAUUAUUAAUAAAGAUUUAUAUGUAAAUUGGAGGACCUAUAUGUAAAUAUAGAAAUUACAAGGACUAAACUGCUAAGUUGCAAAAAAAAAAAAAAAAAGGGAAAACCGAAAAUUCGGUAUUAUCCCACCGCCUCCCACGCACUCUGUUUCUUCCAGAAACAGAGAGAGCGGUGGGGCAUGAGGAUUGAAGAAAAGAAGAAGAAGAGGGAAAAGAAGAGAGGAGGAAGAAGAGAGGAAGAAGAGGGAGAAGAGAAGAGGAAGAAGAAGAAGAGGAGGUGGCUGCAGCGAGGGCUGCAGCGAGGAGCUGUGGGGCGUGGGGAGAAGAAGAGAGGAAGAAGAGGGAGAAGAGAAGAAGAAGAAGAAGAAGAAGAAGAAGAAGAAGAGAGGAGGAUAGCUGCGGCAAGGCUGCAGCGAGGAGGUGUGUGGCUUUGGGGAGGAAAAGGGAAGAGGGGAAGAGGAGAAGAAGAAGAAGAGGAAGAGAAAGAGGUGUGAUACCUCUGUUUCCUGCAGAGGAAACAGAGGAGAGGGUGUGUGUGACGCCGGGGAAGAAGGGGCUGCAGCUGCGGCGAUGGCAGCUGCAGCUGGAAGAGAAGAAGAAGAGGAAGAUGAGCAGGGGAGGAGGGAGAGGUUGCGGCCGUGGCUGCGGCCGCGACUGCAGCAGUUGCAGCGGGGAGAGAAGAAGAAGAAAGGAAGGAGAAGGAAGAGGAGAAGGGGCUGCGGCUGCGGCGAUGGCAGCUGCAGCUGUGGCAGGGAAAGAGAAAAAGGAAAGGAAGAAGAAGAGAAAGGGAAGGAGAGGAAGAAGAGAGGAAGAGGAGAAGGGGCUGCGGCUGCGGCGAUGGCAACUGCAGCUGUGGCAGGGAAAGAGAAAAAGGAAAGGAAGAAGAAGAGAAAGGGAAGGAGAGGAAGAAGAGAGGAAGAGGAGAAGGGGCUGCGGCUGCGGUGAUGGCAGCUGCAGCUGUGGCUGGGAAAGAAGAGAAGGAAAGGAAGAAGAAGAGAAAGGGAAGGAGAGGAAGAAGAGAGGAAGAGGAGAAGGGGUGGCAGCUGCGGCAGUGGCAGCUGCAGUUGGAAGAGAAGUAGGAGAGGAAAUAGAGUAGCAGAGGAAGAAGAGGCUGCGGUUGUGGUGGCUGCGGCCAUGGCUGCGACUGCGACUGCGACUGCGGCAGUUGCAGCCGGGAAAGAAAGGAAAGGAAAGGGGAAAAAAAGGGGACUGCGGACGGGAUUGCGGCCGCAGCGGCAGCGACUGCGUAUGCAGCAGUUAUGUCUGUGAGAGAAGGGAGGAAGGAAGGUAGUGCGGUGUAAGGGGCUGCGAUUGUAGCAGCGGCAACGGCGGCGGCUGUGGCAGCUGCGUUUGGGAAAGAAAAAGAAGGAAUGAGAGUAAGAGAGAGCAGGUGACUGUGCCUCGAUGUUCGACACGUGAUGUAGUUGCGAAGAAAGGAAGAAAACGGGAGCACAAAACGAAACAGAGAGAGGACACGGAGAAAAAGUAGAAGGAUUUGAGCUGGCACCUUCUUUGGAUCUUCGGAUCGAAAUCAUUGAAAGGUCAGCUUGUCACUCUUCGAGAUGUUUGAUUUGGGCUGAGGCAGUGGAUAGCUAUUCAGAAUAAUGGGCAAGUCUGGUUGGUUAUUACGAUAUUGUUGUAUAAGUAUGUCUUGUAUGUAAUGAAAUGUUGUCGAUGAACCGAAAUGGAUAUACUGUGUCAAAGUGUUAGGAGAUCUCUCUUAUUUGGAAUUUCAGAAUGUUAAGUCUAAUUUAUGGUGAUAUGAACUUGUGGUGAAUAGUUGGAGUUCUGAUUGUAUAAUUUAUUUAGCUUGUGGAUUUAUAAAUGUUGUUCAUGUUUGUCAAGUUGGCUUGGGUUGCCAUAAAUGUGAAUUAUCGAGUGAUGUGAUAUAUGAUUAUAAACUGCACAGGUUUUAUGGAUGUGAAUAUGAAUAGAAUGUUUUCAGUGUCCUCAAACGUUAGUUUGGAUCCUGGAUUGGUCUGUGACGAAAGUUUUAAAAAUCAUGGAUAUUUUGAGGGGCGUGACAGAGGUGGUAUCAUAGCAUUGUUUGAGGAUUACUGAAAUAUUUGAUAUGUUGACGUGCAAAAUAUAUUGAGGUCUAAUGAAACUAUAGUGAUUGGUGGAAAUUUUCUUUGAUGUAUUUUAGGAAUUUAGGAUGACGAUGACAUUUAGUCCUCCUACUUCAUCUGAUUUUGAUUAAUUAAGUGGGAUGAAAGGGGUAAUCGGGGAUAUUGAAUCAGAGUGGCGCAGCGGAAGCGUGGUGGACCUAAUUUCAUUGGUGGUAGAAAAAUGAAUGAUGCAAACAGAGAAGAUAUUUGAUGUACAAAAUUGUUUUGAUGAUCAAAAGAUUUCUUUUGUCACCUUAUAUUGGAAGUAGAGGCUGAUUAUUAUUGGCAACAAUGAAAAGAAUUUUUGGAGAUCAGUGACAAGAAUGAUAAGGACAAGUUUACCAAUAAGAAUAUGAUUGGAAAUGAAUCAGAAAGUAAUGACAAGAGGGUCAAGACAUUUGGAUUUGAAAAGGAAAGUCACCACCAAAGACUUAAUCAUGUGUGAAGUACAAGUUAAAUUAUGAAACAAGUUUGUGUUUUCGGGUGAUUGGAGUCUAUUUUGCUUGUAGAAAGUUGGAUCAUAAAAUAAAAGUUUGCCCUUUGAACAAGAAGAAAGAGUCACUGCCACCUAAAUCAUCAGCCCAUGUAAGAGUGUAUGCUAUCACUAAAUAUGAUUCUGAAACUUCUGAAUUAGUGGUCAAAGGUAUUAUGCAUGUUUAUGAAAGAAUGCAAAUAUUUGUUUAACCAUGGGUCCCAUCUAUGAUUUGAUUCGGAAUAUUCUGCCUAUCACUUGGGUAUUCAACCUAGACCACUACAUUAUGUGCUAUAUGUAAAUACGAUCAUUAGAGAUUCUUUGAUAACGAACUUGAAUCUGGUCCUCUUGUCUGAUUUUUGUUGGAGAACUUGAACUUUUGCUGAUUUAGUUCUCCUAGAGAUUUGGAGUUAUGAUAUUAUACUUGGUAUGGAUUGGCCAUCUUCUUAUCAUACCAGUAUGGAUUGAUAUAUAACAAAUGAUCACUUUUUGUAUAUUUGAUCAGUCGAUCUUUUACUUUGAGAGUAUGGGACAUGAUUUAUCUCCUUGCCUAAUGUAUCCAGGAUGACUUGCUUGGAUUACCUCCAAAUGUGACUUUGCUUUUGAUUUGGUCCUUGGGAUAAUCCCAAUAUCUAAGCCUCUCUACAGAAAGAUAUCAUUUGAGUAAGUGGAAUUGGAAAAGCAACUACAAGGAUUGUUAAAUGAGGAUUUUAUUUGGCUUAAUAUUUCAUCAUGGGGUGCUCCGGUGUUAGUUAAAAGAAAUGUAUGGAACAUUGAGGCUUUGUAAUGAUUAUAGACAGUUGAAUUAGGUGACCAUCAAAAACGAGUAUUUUCUGAAGUAACGACUUGCUCGAUUAAUUACAGGGUACGCAAGUAUUUUUAGAAAUUGAUUGAAGGUCGGGUUACCGUCUAUUGAGGAUCAAGGAGGAGAAUAUUUCGGUCACUCGUGGAUAAUUAUGUAAUUGUAUUGUAUUGAUGAAACUAUUUAAGAGUAGGAGGAGGAAAUAAAGAUAUCAUAAUCCUCAUCUUUUCAUCGAUUGAGCUAUGAUCAAUUUAGAGGACUAAAUUUUCUUUUAAGGGGGGGAGAGUGUAAUAUCCCUCGUUUUUAAAAAUUAUUAAUAAAGAUUUAUAUGUAAAUUGGAGGACCUAUAUGUAAAUAUAGAAAUUACAAGGACUAAACUGCUAAGUUGCAAAAAAAAAAAAAAAAAGGGAAAACCGAAAAUUCGGUAUUAUCCCACCGCCUCCCACGCACUCUGUUUCUUCCAGAAACAGAGAGAGCGGUGGGGCAUGAGGAUUGAAGAAAAGAAGAAGAAGAGGGAAAAGAAGAGAGGAGGAAGAAGAGAGGAAGAAGAGGGAGAAGAGAAGAGGAAGAAGAAGAAGAGGAGGUGGCUGCAGCGAGGGCUGCAGCGAGGAGCUGUGGGGCGUGGGGAGAAGAAGAGAGGAAGAAGAGGGAGAAGAGAAGAAGAAGAAGAAGAAGAAGAAGAAGAAGAAGAAGAAGAGAGGAGGAUAGCUGCGGCAAGGCUGCAGCGAGGAGGUGUGUGGCUUUGGGGAGGAAAAGGGAAGAGGGGAAGAGGAGAAGAAGAAGAAGAGGAAGAGAAAGAGGUGUGAUACCUCUGUUUCCUGCAGAGGAAACAGAGGAGAGGGUGUGUGUGACGCCGGGGAAGAAGGGGCUGCAGCUGCGGCGAUGGCAGCUGCAGCUGGAAGAGAAGAAGAAGAGGAAGAUGAGCAGGGGAGGAGGGAGAGGUUGCGGCCGUGGCUGCGGCCGCGACUGCAGCAGUUGCAGCGGGGAGAGAAGAAGAAGAAAGGAAGGAGAAGGAAGAGGAGAAGGGGCUGCGGCUGCGGCGAUGGCAGCUGCAGCUGUGGCAGGGAAAGAGAAAAAGGAAAGGAAGAAGAAGAGAAAGGGAAGGAGAGGAAGAAGAGAGGAAGAGGAGAAGGGGCUGCGGCUGCGGCGAUGGCAACUGCAGCUGUGGCAGGGAAAGAGAAAAAGGAAAGGAAGAAGAAGAGAAAGGGAAGGAGAGGAAGAAGAGAGGAAGAGGAGAAGGGGCUGCGGCUGCGGUGAUGGCAGCUGCAGCUGUGGCUGGGAAAGAAGAGAAGGAAAGGAAGAAGAAGAGAAAGGGAAGGAGAGGAAGAAGAGAGGAAGAGGAGAAGGGGUGGCAGCUGCGGCAGUGGCAGCUGCAGUUGGAAGAGAAGUAGGAGAGGAAAUAGAGUAGCAGAGGAAGAAGAGGCUGCGGUUGUGGUGGCUGCGGCCAUGGCUGCGACUGCGACUGCGGCGGUUGCAGCCGGGAAAGAAAGGAAAGGAAAGGGGGGAAAAAAAGGGGACUGCGGACGGGAUUGCGGCCGCAGCGGCAGCGACUGUGUAUGCAGCAGUUAUGUCUGUGAGAGAAGGGAGGAAGGAAGGUAGUGCGGUGUAAGGGGCUGCGAUUGUAGCAGCGGCAACGGCGGCGGCUGUGGCAGCUGCGUUUGGGAAAGAAAAAGAAGGAAUGAGAGUAAGAGAGAGCAGGUGACUGUGCCUCGAUGUUCGACACGUGAUGUAGUUGCGAAGAAAGGAAGAAAACGGGAGCACAAAACGAAACAGAGAGAGGACACGGAGAAAAAGUAGAAAGAUUUGAGCUGGCACCUUCUUUGGAUCUUCGGAUCGAAAUCAUUGAAAGGUAAGCUUGUCACUCUUCGAGAUGUUUGAUUUGGGCUGAGGCAGUGGAUAGCUAUUCAGAAUAAUGGGCAAGUCUGGUUGGUUAUUACGAUAUUGUUGUAUAAGUAUGUCUUGUAUGUAAUGAAAUGUUGUCGAUGAACCGAAAUGGAUAUACUGUGUCAAAGUGUUAGGAGAUCUCUCUUAUUUGGAAUUUCAUAAUGUUAAGUCUAAUUUAUGGUGAUAUGAACUUGUGGUGAAUAGUUGGAGUUCUGAUUGUAUAAUUUAUUUAGCUUGUGGAUUUAUAAAUGUUGUUCAUGUUUGUCAA